AUGAGUAACAAUAAAGAUAGCAGCAGUAAUAAAAAUAUGAAUAAAAAAAAGAUAGGAAAAGAUUCUACAAUAAAUACUCAUAAUAAUAAUAAUAAUAAUACUGGUAAUAAUGAGGCCAUAAAUGAAGAUGUAAAUAAUGAGAAUAGGGCUGACGAUAAUGUAAAAACAGUAGAAGAAGAAAAUCAUGAAAAGAAAGAAGGAGGAAAUAAAAACGAGAAAAAGGACGAGGAGAAAAGGAAUGAUGAAGGAAUUCAUAGUAAUCAAUUGAAUAAGAAGAAAAAAAAUGAAACACAAUUAAAUGUAGAAUCACAACUAGACGAAGAAGAGAAAUAUAAGAAAAAGAAAAAAUUCAAUAAAGGAAUGAAGCAUAACGAUGAAAAAUCGGAAUUAACAAAAGAGGAUGAAAUAUUAUUAGGAAAUUCAAAUGAUGAUAAUAUGAAGAAGAAGAAGAAAAAAAAAGAUCAAGAUGAGGAAGAAAUGGCAGGACAAAAUGGUAAUAUUAAUCUAAAAAAUAAUGAUGUUAAUAAUAAAAUUGGUAAUAUACAUGAAAAUGAUGGAGUAGAAGGGAGAGAAAAACAAAAAAUAUCCUCGCAAGAAUACAGAGGUGAUAAAACUAAUGUUUUAGUACCAUCCGCAUUUCAUCAGAAAAAUUUUAAGGAUAAAAAACAUAUGACAAGAACGGAAAAAGGAGAUAAUUAUUAUAAUAAUGUUAGUCACAUGCAUGAUUGGAGGAAUACUUCAUCUCAUCAUUAUUAUACACAUCAUCAUAAUGAUAAUAUGAAGGGUGGUUUUAUGUAUCACCACAUGAAAAAUAAUAAUAAUAAUAAGAAUAAGAACAAUAAUAAUAAUAAUAAUAAUAAUAAUAAUAUUAAUAAUAAUAAUAAUAAUAAUAUUAGUAAUAAUAAUAAUAACAGUAACAAUAAUAACAAUAAUAAUGAUAAUAAUAAUAACAAUGAUGUACAAAGUAAUGAAAAGACGAUACAAGAUUUUCAACCUUCUAUGAAAGAUAUGAAUAAAAAAAGAAGCUUUAAUAAGAAUGAUAAUAAAAAUGUUGAUGGAGUUAACAAUAAUAAUUAUAAUAAUAGCCCUGUGAAUAAUCAUAUGUACAAAAAUAACUUUAAGUAUGACUAUAAGAAUAAUAAGGGUUACAAUUUAAAGAUGGGAAAGGGUUAUAAGAUGCAGACCAUAACAAAUAAUAACAACAACAGCAACAACAAUAAUAAUAAUAAUAAUAAUAAUAAUAAUAAUAACAGCAACAGUAAUAAUAAUCACAAUAAUAAUAAUAACAGCAACAGUAAUAAUAAUUACAAUAAUAAUAACAGCAACAGUAAUAAUAAUCACAAUAAUAAUAAUAAUAAUAAUAGUAACAGUACAAAUUGUGAAUUUAAACCUGUCGAUGGGGUAAUGGAUUCAAUGAAUAAUUUGUUUAUGUACAAUAAUAAUGGUAAUUAUAAUUAUUUAGCUAGCUAUGGAUGUAAUUAUCCAUAUAAUAAUAACUACUAUGUAGAUGAAAAUGAGAAAUGUUAUGAUAUAGGUAAUUAUUAUUCGGGAAAAUUAUAUCCAGAAGGUUAUAACGAGAACAAUUUUGAUGUGCGUUAUAAUUAUAAUAUGAUGAAUGAUUUUUAUAAUUAUUUCCCUUUCAAUUAUUAUUAUUACAAUAUGAACAAUUUAUAUUUUAAUAAUUCUAAUUAUAAUAAUGGACCCAAUUUAUAUAAUGAUUAUAUGAAAAAUCGAAAGAAUAAAAAGUUCUUAUAUGAGAAGGGGAAAAAGAAAAAUUUUAAAAAUAUGAAUACAAAUAAUAUAUAUAAUGAAAUGAAAACGAGAGUUAUGGAAAUAUUCAAAAGAGAAAAUAUUAUGUCAGAUGAUUAUUUGUUGUAUUAUAUGUACAAUAAUAUAAAGUUAAAUAUAGAUAUAAUUUCAAAGCAUCCAUAUAUAUCCCCUCUCAUUAAUAAUAAUACGAAUAUAUUGGUAAAUGUGUUGAAUGAUCUUAAGUGUAUCAAUUUACCUAAAAAAGAAUCUGCAUCUGAUAUAGAUACCAUAAAAAUUAAUAAUGAGGAAGCUGACAAUAAGAAUAAUAAUAAUAUUGAUAGUAAUCAUCCAUUUGGUGAUAACAAUAAUGAUAAUAAUAAUAAUAAUAAUGAUAAUAAUAAUAAUAAUAAUAUUACUGGUGAAGAUGUUGUGCUUAAAGAUGAAAACAAAAAAUCAAGUAAUGACUAUGAGAAACAAAAUAUUGAUAUGGAUGAACCUAAGACUUAUGAUAAGGUGUUGUCUAAUGAAGAUAUAGAAAAAAAUAUUGAUCACGAUGAAAAUGUAGACAUAAAGGAGAAAAUGAAAUUAUCACAACAAAAUGUUAAGAGUAAUGAUAAUAAUUAUGAUAAUGUGCCCAACAUAUGUAGUAAUCAAAAGAGUGAUAAUAUUAAUGUUAAUAAUGAUGUAACUAAAAAUAAAAAGGAAACAUUGAAUGAAAUAAAUAAAGAUAGUAACAAUAUAUGUAAGAAUAAUGAUCAAGAAAAUAACACAAAUAAUGAUAAUAAUAAUAAUAAUAAUAAUAGUGGUAUUGAUUUGAUUAAGAACGAUAUUGAAAAUAAUGAUAUGUGUCAAAAUAAUAAUAAAAAAGAAGAAAAUAUUGAAAUUAUAAAUAAUAAUAAUAAUAAUAAUAAUAAUAAUAAUAAUAAUAAUAAUGAAAAUAAUAAUGUUGUUAAGAUUAGUAAAAAAAGUUAUAAUGAAAAAAUAAAUAAUCAAGAAAAUAAUAAUAAUAAUAAGAACAACAAUAUUAUAACUACCGAUCAAAUAGGUUCCAUGAAAAUAUUGUUUGAUGAAGAUAAUAAAAACUUUUUAUUAAAUUUGAAUAACAGAAGAAAUAUUAUAAUUAUAAGAGAUAUUAAUUCUCAUUAUAUUAAUACUAUAAAAAGUUUUGUUUUAAGUAGUCCAGGUAUACAAUCAAAUGAUGUCUUAAAUAUUAGAAGUGAUAUAAACAAUACUAUUUUUAUUACUUUAAAAAAUGAAAAGAAAACUGAAUCUUUAGCACAGUAUUUAAAAACCAAAACAAUAAAUGAUAAAAAAUUAAAUGUGAGAAUAAAGACAACUCAAAAAAUUCAAAACAUUAUUGAGAAUAAUAUAUUUAAGGCAUCAACAAGUAAUCAUGUUAUGAAUACUACAACUAAUAAUAUGAUUAAUAUUGCAAAUAAUGGUAACAAUAGUGGAAUAGGAAACACAAAUAUGAAUAAUUCUUCUAACAGAAGUAAUAAUAAUAAUAAUAAUAAUAAUAACAAUCACAAUAAUAAUAAUAAUAUAAAAAGUAACACUGUUAAUAAUAAUAAUAAUAAUAAUAAUAAUAACGUUGGUAUUGUAAGUAACAGUAAUAAUAUGAACAGUCAUAUGAAUAUUUUGAAUGGUGUAGGUAAUACUAUACCAGUGAAUGGAAAACAAUUUUUUAAUUUUAAUAAUUUAUAUUUUUUACCAAAUGCAUUAAAUACUUUUGAUAAUAAUAUAUAUUCAAAUAAUAUUAUGACUGCUGGAACUUCAACGACAGGUUCUGUUACAAAUGCGGCGUCUACCAUUCCAUUUGAUGCUUAUAUGAGUUAUUAUAAUUAUAAUAUGAACAGUAGUACUUGUAAUAUAUUUAAUCCUAUGGCAUCUUGUGAUACAUAUAAUAAUGCUUAUAAUAUGUAUGCCCCUCAUCAUCAUCAAGGGCAUAACCAAAAUUACAAUCACAAUCAUAAUCAUAACAAUCAUAACUAUAGUCAUCAUCAUCAUCAUCAUAAUAGUAAUAGUAAUAAUAAUAAUAAUAAUAAUGCAAAUAAUAAUACUUAUUUUCAAGGAAACGAAUUAAAAGGUAAAGGUGGAAUGUAUCCUAAUAAAGGAAUGAAAUAUGGAAGAGGAGGAGCAAACAAUGAGCAUUUUAAUAAUUUGAAAUAUUAUUCAAAUAAUUAUGGUAAUUAUAACAAUGCAUAUAAUAACUUCCAUGAAGGAGUUUCAAAUAGAAAUGAGCAUAUAAUAGAUGAAGCUAAUAGAAAAUAUCAGGGUGAACAAAAUGUCAAUGAUAAUAAGGUAGUUCAUAACAAUAGAAUGAACAGACCCAUAAAGGUGGAUACAGAUAAUAAUAAUAAAAAUAAUGACAAUGAUAAAAGUAACAAUGAUAAUAAUAAUAAUAAUAAUAAUAAUAAUAAUAAUAAUAAUAAUAAUAAUGAUAAUAAUAAUAAUAAUGAUAAUAAUAAUAAUAAUGAUAAUAAUAAUAAUGAGAGCAGAAGUAGUAGCAAAAAUAAUAAAAUAAAAAAUAAUAAUAGUAAAGGUAAUAAUCAUAAUAAUAAUCAGGAUAAUAAUGAAAAGAAUAAUGACGAUCAUAAUAAUGGAGGUGAUCAUGAUGGAAAUGGCAGUGGGCAAAAUAGUGGAAACAGUAAUACAAGAAAUAACAAUAAUAAUAAUAAUAAUAAUAACAGUAGUAAUAAUAAUAAUAAUAACAAUAACAACAAUAACAACAACAACAAUAAUAAUAAUAAUAAAAAUAAUAAUAAUAAUUCAAGCAAUAGCAACAAUAAUAACCAUAAUGCAAAUAACAAUUCUUCCGUUAAAUUAAACGAUGGUAAUAAUUUUAAUAAACUCAAUUUUAACAAAAAAGAUUCUAGCAAUAAAAAUGAUAACUCAUCUAACCAAGGAGAUAAAAAAUUAAGUGAUAGAAAAAAUGGAAAUUUUUUUUCUCAUAGAAAUAAUAUCAAAGGUACAGAUAAAAAGGAUGAAGAAUCUAAUCAAUAUUCAUAUAUUGGUAAUAAAAAGAUAGAUUUAAAUAAGGAUGAAAAAUCGAAUGAAUUAGAAGGAGAAGGCCUAAAUUUAAGUGAAAAAGGUGGAGAAAAUAUAACUGAUCUUGAUAAAAAGAAAACAUAUAAAAUGGAUAAGAAAAAUAAAAAAAAUCCAACAAAUAAUACUUUGAAUAAUGUAGAUAAUAUGAAUAAUAAUGUUACGACAAAUAAAGAUAAAAACGUAGGUAACCAUGAUGAUAAGAAAAUAAUUAAAAAUAAAAACAAACCUGAUGAAAAUAUUAACAAUAGUACACAAACGUUAAAGAAAUAUUCUUAUGUAGAUAUUAUGGAUUCAUGUAAAAAAUUAACCAAUGUUGAUACUCCUGAAUGUAUUGAAAAGUUAAUGAGUGAAAAUGUUUCUCUCUUUAGAAAACAUGAUGAUAAGUUCUGUUGGAAAUUAAAUGUAUGUUAA